AUGCGCCGUCGCGAAGUGCAUCUCUGCACUGCAGCGCCGAAGACUGCACGUGACGCCGUGAAGGCGCUUUACGAGUCCAAGUUGAAGGCCCGUGAAGCGAAGCGUGUGGCUGAAAUUGCGGCGGUCGGCGCAGUCGACGACAGAGGUUCGGACAAGAAGAAGAGUCGGAUGUCCGACUUCUACGGCGACGACGCCGCGUGCGCGAACCAAGCUGCGGACGAGGCCAUAAGCCUCUUCUUUGCUGCUCUUCAUGUGCCGGAGCAUCACGCGGACCACCCACUGUGGCGGAAUGUGGUCUCCAGCAUCCAGCGCGCGGGGCCGAAUUACGUCGCGCCGAAGAGACGCUACAUCGGUGGCGCCGGUCUUGCGAAGUGUCGCCAGCGCAUUGAGGCGGCGCUCGCUCCUAUCUCAGCAAGCUGGUGCCGUGACGGUGUCACCGUGGCAAGCGACAUGUUCUCCGACAAGGCCGGCCGCCCGCAAGCCAGACACAUUCAAAGACAACAUCCUCGAUGCCGCGUGGUGGACGCGCGCCGACUCACCGAGGACAUCCGCGACUUCCUCGACGAGCAUGCGGAAGGGGUCCUGACAAGCAACGAGGUGGGGGAUAUUCGGGAGAUCGUGCAGGACCGCUGGGACAACGGGCUGGCGUGCAACCUGCAUGUGAUUGGCCGCAUCCUCUACCCCACCAACCAGGAAGAGUGCAUUUUCCGCACCGACCUGGAGUGCAUGAGGGUCUUCAAGCAGUACGUCUCCAAGCACCAUGGUGACAAGAUGGUCACCAGGAAGGACGGGGUCGAGCGCCGCGCCUCUCUCGUCAUCCAGGAAGGCCUCAAUGCCUUCCUGAACCUCCAAGGCAGCUUCGGCAUGUCCGACGCUAUUGCCGACCGCAAGGCAGUGAAGGAGGGCAAGAUGACGGCGGUGGACUGGUGGACAUGGCACGGGACCGAUCAUCCUGAGCUCACCACCAUGGCUUGCCGUGCCAUCACGCAGCCGGUGUCUGCGUCUCCAUGUGAGCGUAACUGGGCGAAGUUUGAUGCAGUGCAUACGGCAAGGAGGAACCGCCUCGGCGCGGUGAAGCUUCGUGACCUGGUGUAUGUGACGCACAAGGCCCCUGAAGGGCUGGGGUGGUGA